AUGAGCACCUUCGCAACCUCGCCCUUCCCAUCGCUACUCACCCAACCCAAGAUGCUUCUUCCACACCUCCUCGUAUCUCUUCUACCCACCCUCAUAUCCGCCGCCACCCUCACGCUCUCCGUCCCGCCCCACAUCCCCGCCCUCCCUCCCUCGACCAGUGCAAUCCUCACCACGCACGGGCAGCGCAUCAAAGUGCCCGUAACGCGCAGCAACACCUUUGUCUUCCGCAAUCUUACGUCGCCCUCUACUUCAGACCCUGCAUCCUCGGGUUCGGAAAGAGGGAUAUCGGUCUCGUAUCUGCUGGAUAUAGCGUGUCGCGACUACGAUUUUCUCUCCUAUGGGGUGGACGUUAAGAGUGGUGGGGUUGUGCAGGUGUAUAGGGUGAGCAGGGGAGGCAUUGUGACGGGUGAGAAGGUUACGGUUGGUGAAGCGCCGGUGGAGGUGAGGGUGUUGAGGGGUAGGGAUUAUUAUGAGGCCAGGGCCGGAUGUAUGUGCGCUCCUAUCUUGAUAAAGCUGCGGAAAGGAGGAAAGGAAAGAGAACCGAAGGGAAUGGAGAUGGUGGAAUUGGGCGACGUUACGGAACGGAGGAAUCCUGCUAACGCACGAGAUACAGUCUCGCCCCUGGACCUACUUAAGAACCCUAUGAUCCUGAUUGCGGUGGUGGGACUGGGCUUCGUGGUGGGCAUGCCAUACCUGAUGGACAGCAUGGAUCCGGAGAUGAAGAAGGAAUUUGAAGAACAGCAGAAAAAGAGCAUACUGAGCGGUGGAGCGAGCACGGCGAAUCCUUUGCAGAAUUUUGACAUGGCGGGUUGGAUGGCUGCGAAGACGUCCGGGAAGGGUACGGAGACUGGCAAUGAGGGAAGUGGAAGGGAUGUGAGGAGGAGGGGAUGA